AUGUCGUCGAUUCGCCGCGCCGCGCCAAUGGUGUUUGCGCCGUCGGGCAGGCACACGGCCACCGUCAUCUUCAUCCACGGCCUGGGCGACUCGGGCCACGGCUGGUCGGAAGCGGUGCAGCACUGGCAGAGCCGAAACAAGCUGAACGAGGUCAAGUUUAUCCUGCCUCACGCGCCCGCGAUCCCCAUCACCAUGAAUGGUGGCUUUCAAAUGCCUGGUUGGUUUGACAUUAAAUCCAUCGACACCCUCUCGCACGCAGCCCGCGCGGCGCCCGACGAGGACGAGCAGGGCAUCGAGCUGUCGCGCGCGUACAUUUACUCGCUGGUGCAGGCCGAGGUGGCGGCGGGCAUCCCGUCGGAGCGCGUCGUCCUCGGCGGCUUCUCGCAGGGCGGCGCCAUGAGCAUCUUUGCCGGGCUGACGGCGCCGUUCAAGAUCGGCGGCAUCGUCGGCCUCUCGUCGUGGCUGCUGCUCAACCGCACGUUUGCCGAGCGCGUGCCGACGGACAGCUUGAACCGGGACACGCCCGUCUUCAUGGGCCACGGCGACCGCGACCCGCUGGUGCUGUACCCGAUGGCGCAGGCGUCGGAGAAGAAGCUGACGGAGCUGGGCUAUAAAGUAUCGUUCAAGACGUACCCGUAA